UGAAGAGGCAUCCCUUUGUCGAUCGCUAGAAACAUCCAUCAUCCAUGCAUGAUGCUUGACGCCUUGAUGCAUACUACUACUGGUACGUAUGACAUGAUUCCCCACCUGCUCCUCCAUGCAUGGCACAUGUUAUGUCCAUUCCGUCCAUCCAUGCACCAAGGCGGGUCCCACAUCCCACCACCACCACCAUCAGCGAGCCUCCGCACCGCACACUCCCCAGCCUCUAUCCGGUCCGGCGGUACAAAUAGCCCCCACCCGCCACCCACUCAGCACCAUUUCACACCCUCUUGCCUCCCCGUGACUACCUCGCUGUCCCCUCUCAGUGUCCAAGCGACGACACCACGCCGCCGAGAUGUGGAUCUCAGAUUCCGCCUUUGUGGAGCCCUCAUCUUCCUCCCCAUCCGCCUCUGCCUCCCCGCCGCCGAGCCCGCCACCAGCACGCCUUCUCCGCCAACGCAACCGCCGCCGACGCCGCAGCAGCCGGAAACAGGGCAGUGCCAGCGCCGUCGACGGCGUCGCCGACCCCGAGGCGGAGGACGUGUGGCGUGGGGCGCAGUGGGAGGCGGCGUGGCCGGCGCGGCGGGACUCGAAACCCGUCGUGCUCGCGGGCGGAGACGACGCGGUGGGGCGGUCCAGGAGCCUCACGGACGACGACCUCGAGGAGCUCAAGGGAUGCGCCGACCUGGGCUUCGGCUUCAACUACGACGAGAUCCCCGAGCUCCGGAGCACCCUGCCGGCGCUCGAGCUGUGCUACUCCAUGAGCCAGCGCCUCCAGCUGGACGACGAGAAGCCGCAGCAGCACGAGGCCGCCGCACCAGAUGCCGCCACGCCGUCGCCGCCUGUCACCAACUGGAAGAUCUCCAGCCCCGCGCAGGUGACAGCCCUGACGAGGUGAAGGCGCGGCUCAAGUACUGGGCGCAGGCGGUGGCGUGCACCGUCCGCCUUUGCAGCUGAACGGCGCCGAACCAUGCGCGCCAUUCUUCGCCGUCUGGAAGCACACACCAUGCCGGUAUGCCGGCCGCCACCACACAAGAAACCAGAUGACCAGACCUGAUCGCGAACACGUUGCUGCUGCUGUAAAGUGAUCCAGGUGCAGCGUUUCAGCUGCGACGGCGGGCGUUGGCAGCUGCCAUGAUUGCAGCUGCAGAGUUUGGUAGUUGUGGUAGCAGCACACAUAGGGGCUGAGUAGAUGGGUUGGUUGCCCGACCGACAUGCUGUGCUCUCUGUUCCAGCUGAGCAACCUGCCUCUGCCUGAUGAACCAACCAUCCGAGUGUGCAGCAGCCAUCUCCAGUGGAAAUAAACUAUUGUAAUUGUACUGCUAGCAGUAGUGAUCAAAAUAAUGCGCAGAGUAAUUAGUACUGCAAGCAAAUCGGGGAAUCAUUGUGAAUACAUAAAUCUGUGGAUCUCAUUACUAUACUGUUAUCUUAAUCAUUA